AUGGACACUAGGAACGCGGAGACGCCGACGACCUUUAAUAAAGAGAUGAUCGCGAAGGUUUGGGAUACACCUGCUCCUCAGAAAGCAAGAGUGACAGCAUGGAGGAUCUUGAGGAAUAGAUUGCCAAUAUGCGACAACUUGCGGAAGAGGAACAUACCGAUGGUUGAUGAGGAGAUUAUGUGCAAUAUGUGUUUCCACCAAAUCGAAACGACAAACCAUCUGUUUCUUCUAUGUCCGAAGACUGGAGUGGUGUGGGACGAAAUCCAGAGAUGGCUAGGAGUUAGCGCUGCGCGGCCUCAUUGCGCCGUUUCACAUCUUGAUUUUUUUGCACAUCUAGGCAGAGGGAAGAAAAGCCAAAAAUUCUUAACAGCGCUGUGGAUUUGCAUCAUUUGGCUUCUCUGGAAGCGACGCAACGAAAGUAGAUUUGAAGGUAAAGCUUGGGACAUUAAGAAUACGAUAUACGAUUGGGGAUGUGAAAGCAAGAAUGUGGAGCUGGAACAAAACUUUCAGGCAGCUUGA